AUGGUACAGGGGAAGAGUUCAUUACCUUCGGCCCAAAUAUAUGAGGAGUUGAAUAAGGCUAAGGAUACCCACAGCGAUGUAGCAAUAAGAGAUGCAGAAAGAAGUUCCCUGAGUUCUCCCUUAGGUGGUGAGGAUAAAGUGCUAUCGGUCCUCGCUGCAUGGAAAUAUGUAGCUCAGAAGAAGAAGGGGGAAGGGAAUAAUCAGGAAUUCGGUAAAUAUUGCAAUUUUUUUUAUUAUUGGUUAGGGGAUAAAAUACCGAGUUCCGUGGACGCUAUUUUUACAUUCGCGAAUACUAUGGGCACCGUCUAUGGUGUAUUGAUGAAAUCGGGUAUUGAGAAUGGGUGCCCCAUAAUAAACACUAGUUAUAAUAUCACCAGAGAAAUUUUCACCAAAAGGAAAAAAGUGUUCGAUUACUAUGAGGACUACCAAACUAUAUUCGAUCAAUUGCCCGGAGGUCAGAAUUGGUGUGGAACCGAUUAUAAGGAGUAUAUGGAAACGCUGUCUGAAGUUUAUCAAGACGCUAUUGCAAAUUGUGGGAACGAUUCAAGUGACCCAUGUUGUGCUAAAUAUAACAGUGAGAACAUUGGGUCUAAUAAAUAUAAGGAGCUAUUAGGGAAGGAUUGCACUGCAGCAGCCAGUGUAGCAGGGCGGGAACUUUCAGGACUCCAAGGAACCUCGACUAUUGUUUCCACAGACAGUACCACCUCCAUUCCUGGUGCUGUUGGUGGUGGAUUAGUUUCUGUAGCAUUACCAACCAUCGGUUUCUUUUUAUAUAAAUAUACUAACAUAUUUGAUGGAAUAAAAAAAUCCCUCUUUGGUGGCAGCAAUAGGAAUAGGGGAAGAAGAUCUACUGGUCGACAUCAACACUUUGACGGCUUGGAUUCUUCCACAAUGGGAGAUGAUUCUUCUACACUAGGAGACGACGGUUCCACCACCCUCGGUGGUGGUGGUGGGGAAUCGUCCACCUUAGGUGGUAGCUCCACCGAUAUUUCGACCAUAUAUAAUGAACCACCUCGUCGACCAACCGGAAGAACACGGACAGGAACAAAUAAUAGAAGACCAGGAAAUAUACGUUAUUAUGCCACGUAA